UUCAUUCCGAGUGAGGAACAAAACAGAGAAAUGCAAUCCUUGCGCUAAAGAAAAGCGUCAGGGGCACGAAAAAGGGAGGAAGAUGGGCGCCGUGCUACGGAGUCUGUUGUUGUGUAGUUUUUGUUGGCAAAUCCAGGGUGGACCCCUCCUACUUUAUGCCAAUCGGCGGGACUUGAGGCUGGUGGACGCAGCGCAGGAGAAGGGCAAUGCCACGGUGCUGGUGAGCGGGCUGGAGGACGCAGCAGCCGUGGACUACGUUUACGCACGGGGCCUGGUUUAUUGGAGCGAUGUGAGCGAAGAAGCUAUCAAACGCACUGUUUUUAACCAGUCAGGCUCGAGCGGGGUGCAGACCACUGUGGUGUCCGGUUUGGCCUCCCCGGAUGGACUAGCGUGCGACUGGUUGGGGAAUAAGCUGUACUGGACAGACUCAGAAACCAAUCGGAUCGAGGUAGCGGAGCUGGAUGGAUCUUUGCGGAAAGUUUUGUUCUGGCAGGACCUGGAUCAGCCGAGAGCCAUCGCUCUGGAUCCUGAGAGAGGGUACAUGUAUUGGACGGAUUGGGGUGAUAUCCCAAAGAUUGAACGAGCAGGCAUGGAUGGCACCAAUCGUGCCAUAAUCAUAGACGCUAAUAUAUACUGGCCCAAUGGACUGACACUGGACUACAGUCAGCAGAAACUCUACUGGGCAGAUGCAAAAUUCAACUUUAUCCAUCGAGCAAACCUGGAUGGCAGUUCAAGGGAGGUGGUAGUUAAAGGGUCUCUCCCUCAUCCUUUUGCUCUUACCUUGUAUGAAGACACACUCUUCUGGACAGACUGGAAUACACAUUCCAUCCACUCCUGUCACAAGCUAACAGGCCAGGACAGACGAGAGAUCCACACUAAUAUCUUCUCUCCUAUGGACAUCCAUGUCUUCAGUCCAAAGAGACAGCCCACAGUUGUGCCUAGCCCUUGCUCCCUGAAGAAUGGUGGCUGCUCCCAUCUGUGCCUGUUGUCUCCAGUCAAGCCCUACUACCAGUGUGCCUGUCCAACCGGCGUCCAGCUGCUGGAGGAUGAGAAGACCUGCCGAGACGGUGCCACACAGCUGCUCCUCCUUGCCCGCCGUACAGACCUCCGCCGGAUAUCUCUGGACACCCCAGAUUUCACUGACAUUGUCCUCCAGGCCGAAGACAUCCGCCACGCCAUCGCCAUCGACUACGACCCAGUGGAGGGCUACAUCUACUGGACUGACGACGAGGUGCGAGCCAUCCGUCGCUCUUACCUGGACGGGAGUUCUGCCCAGUUUGUGGUCACCUCGCAGGUCAACCAUCCCGACGGCAUCGCCGUGGACUGGAUCGCUCGUAACCUCUACUGGACUGAUACGGGGACAGAUCGUAUCGAAGUGACCAGACUCAAUGGCACUAUGCGCAAGAUCCUGAUUUCCGAAGACCUGGAUGAGCCCAGAGCUAUUGUACUGGACCCAGUAGCUGGGUACAUGUACUGGACCGACUGGGGGGACGUUCCAAAGAUCGAGCGAGCUGCGCUGGACGGAACAGAGCGUGUGGUGAUGGUGAACACCUCCCUGGGCUGGCCCAAUGGCCUCGCACUGGACUAUUCAGAGAGGAAGAUCUACUGGGGUGAUGCCAAAACAGACAAGAUCGAGGUAAUGGAUAUGGAUGGAACAGGCCGUCGAAUCCUGGUUGAAGACAAGCUGCCGCAUAUCUUUGGUUUUACCUUACUAGGAGACUACAUCUACUGGACAGACUGGCAGCGGAGGAGCAUUGAACGAGUGCACAAGCGCACGGCCGAGCGGGAGAUCAUCAUCGACCAGCUGCCCGACCUCAUGGGACUCAAGGCCACCUACGUACAUGAGACGUUUGGUACUAACCCCUGUGCUGAAAACAACGGAGGCUGCAGCCACCUCUGCUUGUACAAGCCGCAGGGCGUGGCCUGCGCCUGCCCAAUUGGACUGGAGCUCAUCUCUGACAUGAGCACCUGCAUCGUGCCCGAGGCCUUCCUGCUCUUCUCCAGACACACAGACAUACGACGCAUCUCCCUGGAAACCAAUAACAACAACGUAGCCAUCCCACUCACAGGUGUUAAGGAGGCAUCAGCGCUGGACUUUGACGUCACUGACAAUCGCAUCUACUGGACAGACAUCACUCUGAAGACCAUUAGUCGAGCAUUCAUGAACGGCAGCGCUUUGGAACACGUGGUGGAGUUUGGCCUAGACUACCCAGAAGGCAUGGCGGUGGACUGGCUGGGCAAGAACUUGUAUUGGGCUGACACAGGCACCAACCGCAUCGAAGUGGCCAAACUGGAUGGACAGCACCGCCAGGUUCUAGUGUGGAAGGACUUGGACAGCCCACGUGCCCUGGCAUUGGAUCCAGCUGAAGGCUUCAUGUACUGGACAGAGUGGGGCGGCAGACCCAAAAUUGACCGAGCCGCCAUGGACGGCACGGGUCGCAUUACUCUGGUACCCAACGUGGGCCGUGCGAACGGGCUCACCAUCGACUACGCCGAGCGCCGUCUCUACUGGACUGACCUGGACACCACACUCAUCGAGUCUUCCAACAUGCUUGGGCUGGAGAGGGAGGUGAUUGCUGACGACUUGCCCCACCCCUUUGGCUUGACUCAGUUUCAAGACUACAUCUAUUGGACCGACUGGAGCCAGCGCAGUAUUGAAAGGGCCAACAAAACCAGUGGGCAGAACCGGACAAUCAUCCAGGGCCACCUGGACUAUGUGAUGGACAUCUUGGUGUACCACUCAUCGCGUCAGGGAGGCUGGAACGCAUGCGCUUCAACCAAUGGCCACUGCUCACACCUGUGCUUGGCCGUGCCUGUCAGCAGCUUCGUUUGUGGGUGUCCCGCCCACUUUUCUCUCAACUACGACAACAAGACAUGCAGUGCCCCGACAUCCUUCCUGCUCUUCAGCCAGAAGACGGCCAUUAACCGCAUGGUGAUUGACGAACAGCAGAGCCCGGACAUCAUCCUGCCCAUCCAUAACCUACGCAAUGUGCGCGCCAUCGAUUACGACCCUCUGGACAAGCAGCUCUACUGGAUCGACUCCAAACAAAACGUCAUCCGUCGUGCUCAGGAGGACGGCAAUCAGAGUAUGACAGUGGUGUCCAGUUCCGCGGGGGCGCCGGGCCUGGGUCUACAGCCCUUUGACCUCAGCAUUGACAUCUACAGCCGCUUCAUUUACUGGACCAGCGAAGUCACCAACGUCAUCAACGUCACCCGGCUGGAUGGCACACGGGUGGGCGUGGUGCUCCAUGGAGAGCAUGACAAACCCCGUGCCAUCGUGGUCAACCCAGAGAGAGGGUACAUGUACUUCACCAACCUGCAAGACCGUUCACCCAAGAUUGAGCGAGCAGCUCUUGACGGUACAGAGAGAGAGGUGCUGUUCUUUAGUGGUCUGGGCAAACCUGUUGCUCUGGCAGUCGACAAUGAAGUGGGCAAGCUUUUCUGGGUGGACUCAGACCUGCGGCGCAUAGAGAGCAGUGACCUAUCAGGGGCCAAUCGGAUCGUGAUCGAGGACUCCAACAUCCUGCAGCCCGUUGGGUUGACGGUGUUCGGGAAUCACCUGUACUGGAUUGAUCGGCAGCAGCAGAUGAUUGAGCGCAUUGAUAAGACCACGCGUGAAGGCCGGACUAAGAUCCAGGCACGCAUUGCCUCGCUCAGUGACAUCCAUGCCGUCCAUGAGCUGGACCUGUGGGAAUACAGUAAACACCCAUGUACAUCAGAUAACGGUGGCUGCUCACACAUCUGCAUCGUAAAGGGUGACGGUACCACUCGCUGCUCUUGCCCUGUCCACUUGGUGCUGCUGCAGGAUGAGCUCUCCUGUGGAGAGCCCCCCACCUGUUCUCCUGAGCAGUUCUCCUGUACCUCGGGCGAAGUGGACUGCAUCCCGCAGGCGUGGCGCUGCGAUGGCUACCCCGAGUGUGACGACCAAAGCGACGAACAGGACUGUCCCGUCUGUUCUGAGAGCGAAUUCCAGUGUGACAGUCGGCAGUGUGUGGACAUCUCACUGCGCUGCAACGGAGAGAUCAACUGCCAGGACCGCUCUGAUGAAAACAAGUGUGAAGUUCGGUGCCCUCCUGACCAAUUCAGUUGCACUAACGGCCAGUGCAUCGGUAAACAUAAGAAGUGUGAUCACAACAUGGACUGCACUGACAACUCAGAUGAGAUCGGCUGCUACCCCACAGAAGAACCCUCACCCUCUUCCGCCAACACCAUUAUCUACAUCGUGCUUGCAGUCAUGGCGCUGUUUGUGGUUGGCGCCCUCUACUUUGUGUGUCAGCGUGUGCUGUGCCCACAGAUGAAAGAUGAUGGCGAGACCAUGACCAAUGACUUUGUUGUUCAUGGCCCUUCCUCUGUCCCUCUGGGUUACGUCCCCCACCCCAGCUCCCUGUCCGGGUCACUGCCAGGCAUGUCACGAGGGAAGUCUGUGAUUGGCUCACUGAGCAUCAUGGGUGGCAGCAGUGGGCCUCCAUACGACCGCGCCCACGUGACAGGCGCCUCAUCCAGCAGCUCAUCCAGCACUAAGGGCACUUACUUCCCUCCAAUCUUGAAUCCUCCCCCGUCUCCUGCCACAGUGCGAUCUCAGUACACCAUGGAGUUUGGUUAUUCGUCCAACAGUCCCUCCACACAUCGAUCAUACAGCUACAGGCCAUACAGCUAUCGCCACUUUGCACCUCCGACAACCCCAUGCAGCACUGACGUAUGUGACAGCGACUACACCCCAGGGCGCCGGGCCCCACACACCUCCGCUGCUGCCACUAAGGGCUACACCAGCGACCUCAACUACGACUCUGAGCCCUUCCCCCCUCCACCCACCCCACGCAGCCAGUACCUGUCAGCCGAGGAGAACUGCGAAAGUUGCCCGCCCUCCCCUUACACAGAGCGCAGCUAUUCGCACCAUCUCUACCCGCCCCCCCCUUCACCCUGUACAGACUCCUCCUGAGCCCUGCCAGACUCACAGAUGUGCCAUGCCCUCCCUUCACCCACCCAGCUGUAAAUAGCAAUUGUCCAUAUUGUGACUUU